CAGCGCCGCUGACGGGGGCCCGAGCCCCGCCCCCUCCCGCAGCGACCGCGGGCAUGGGGGCGGGGCCUGAGCACAAGAUGGCCGCCGCGCGCCCGGAGCCCCCGAGUCCGAGCUCAGCGGCCCCGGAGCCGCGAUCCCCGGAGACGCCGGACGUGGUCCUGGUGCCUGAUGAUGGCCGCCCCACCACACCCCCGAGUGACCUCAUCGAGAUCCAGGUGGUGAAGGUGACAGACGCCACGCUGGUGCCUGAGCCCCCGGAGCCAGGUUCCCUCCACUGUGCCUUGUGCCCAGCUGCCUUCCGGCUGGUCUCUGAGCUUCUGUUCCACGAACAUGGCCACCUGGCAGGGGCGGAGGGCGGCGGGCAGGGUGGGGACCCCAGCCGGUGUCAUGUGUGUGGCCACAGCUGUCCAGGCCCCGCCAGCCUCCGCGCCCACUACAGCCUGCACACGGGGGAGCGGCCCUACCGCUGCCCCCUCUGCCCCCGGGCCUUCAAGGCCCUGGCGCCUCUGCUGCGGCACCAGCACCGACACGGGGUGGAGCCAGGGACCUCUCAGAGGCCUCCGGAGGUGGCUGCGGCUCGAGAACAGAGGCCCGGGGUGCCCCAGGAGAGGUCGGAGGUGGUGAUGGCGGCGGCGGCGGCGGGCGCUGCGGUGGGGAAGCCUUUCGCCUGCAGGUUCUGCGCCAAGCCUUUCCGCCGCUCCUCUGACAUGCGCGACCACGAGCGGGUGCACACGGGCGAGCGGCCCUACCACUGCGGCAUCUGCGGCAAGGGCUUCACGCAGUCCUCGGUGCUGAGCGGCCACGCGCGCAUCCACACCGGGGAGCGCCCCUUCCGCUGCGCCCUGUGCGAUCGCACUUUCAACAACUCCUCUAACUUCCGCAAGCACCAGCGCACCCACUUCCACGGGCCGGGCCCAGGGGUGGGGGUGGGGGACUCUGGCAGCCAGCAGGCCACAGGGGCCGAGGGGCCAGGGAGUGGGUGUGGGCCAGGAAACACUCUGGAAGAAGGGCAAGGGGAAGGGGCCAAGGUGAAGGUGGAGGUCGACCAGUAGGCUGGGAGACCAGAACUGCGGGGGCAUUGACACAGGCAGUAGGAGGCAGAUUGCAGGGGAGGGGGAGGGGGGAACAAGGAGGCAGGAGAGGGGAGAUUGGGGGAGAUGUGACAAGAGCUAACGGAGAUGGCCAUGAGCAGCUAGUGCGGGAGAACACAGGGAGACCCAGUUUUGGGACCCCCACAAACCCAGACAGCACCUCCAUGAGACUCAGGCACAGACACCACCCGGUGGAUGCCCAGCUAAGUGUGAGGACUGUGGGCUGGAUGUCACUGCCCAAUCGGCCUGCUCGUUGGGUGCGCUCGUGCAAGACACGGCUUGUCCCCACAGAGCCUGGGCACUAUGGAGGGAGCCAGGGUUAAAUGGAAGGGGCAGAACCGGGGUUUGCCCUGGUGUCUCUGGGCUAGCCCAUCAUCUACAGAACCCUGGACGAUCUUGGGGCCUAGGGUGGGCCAGGAUGGAAUCUUUUGCCUACCUCACUGGAUUGCACUGAACCUGGGAUGCCUACCCACCCUCAGGCAGAAGACGCUCACCAGGUCCUCCGUAAAGAGACUCUGGGAUCCCAUCACCUCGAAGCCAGAGGGUCCCCAUGCCCUAGCCGAGAGCACUCAAGCCUCAAGGACGUAAGCCUGACCGUAAAGAUCUUGACUCCAAGAGCUGCUUCCGGCUCCCAUGGUGGUCCCUCCUUAACCCACCGACUCUGAAGCCACAAAAAAAUUCCGGACAGCAAACAGCCACCUAAUCUCCCCCUUAUAAGGCUUUAGGUUCAGAGCCCAUGGCCCCCAGAGCUCCAAAGUAGCCUCAGGUUUCUCUGAUUUCCUCCACUCCCGAUCUGAAGCAAACAGCUUAAUGCCUGACCCAAGGCUACCCCAAGAAAGGGCUGAGAGAUGGCAGCAUGGUGGGCUGGCCUGUGUACCGUGGGUGUGGGAUGAACUGAGUCACUGUGGUGGGUGUGAGAGGAGGACCUGGGAGCUGGAGGUGGGGAGCCUCCAGUUCUACUAUUAAAGGACUUUCUGAAGGGUC